CUUGGGAGGGAACCGCCGGCAGGGGCCGGUUGUGAGACCGCGUUCCCCAAGGGAGAGAAACUUAUGCGGCCCUUCGGCGGUCGGGUUCGGUGUUGUGGGGGGGGGUUUCUACCCCUCUUUUUUUUCUGCUUGAACCCGGAGCCUUCGCUGCGCGGGGUCCUGGCCGCGGGGAGCGCUUGCGGUGCUGGCAAAAGGCAGGCUGAGUGCGGACGGGGGCAGCUGGCCCGCUCCACUGAACGGUGCGGGGCGGAGGAGGCGCCCGCCCGGCCCCCGGCGGUGGGCGAGGGAGGGAGGCAGGCCCUGCUGGAGGUCCUCGUUGAGAACUUACUGCCUGCCUUCUGCAGGUCUCCAGAGGGUGCUGAAGGCAAGGAUGCAGCAAAAGUAACUAAACAAGAGCCCACAAGACGAUCAGCAAGAUUGUCAGCUAAACCUGCUCCACCAAAACCUGAACCCAAACCAAGGAAAACCACGAAGAAGGAACCUGGAACAAAGGCCAGCAAAGGUGCUAAAGGGAAGAAGGAUGAAAAGCAAGAAGCUGCAAAGGAAGGUACUACACCAUCUGAAAAUGGUGAAAAUAAAGCUGAAGAGAUUCGCAUCUCUCGCUCAACUGUUAGUGUUUCAACAUCCAGAGGUGCCCCACCCAGCACACUGUCAGUAAAAGGGCAGAUUGAAACAGUGAAAGUUAAGGGUACGGUAGAGCAUUCAGCAUGUGUGCAGUGAAUAGAAACAGGUAGUAGUGUGGUGCUUUUCAGUAUGAACAAUGGAAGCUGACAGGUAAGGCUUGUAUUGCUUUUGAAAAGCUGGGACCAAUAAUUUAAGAAAAGUGUGUGAAUGUACCUGUUUUGUUUGCGUAAAUGUAAUACGGACACAAGUUUGAAACUGAGCUGUUGCAAAUGAGAAAUCGAAGGGAGUAAGAGUAGUUGGGGUCUUUAGGUAUGUAAUGGUAAUUUAGUGUAGUAAUUAAUGUUUUUCUUUCUU